GCCACUCAGACAGAAAGCAGGUUUUCGUUUGUGCUUGAAUGUGAAGCUUAAUUUCUUAUUUUUAUACCGAGGAGCUAAAAGCUUGAUAACUGUGCAGACGGCGGGAUGUGGGCACAAGGUGAGGACAGAGCAGCAGCAGAGUCUGACGGAGAGACGGGUUUCUCUUCCGAAGAUGAGGGAGACAUUCAGUGUGAGAUCCUGGAAAUUCAGAGGGAUGAAGCCAACCAGAGACUGUCCGAACUAGAGGAAGUCUCCAAUCAGCUCUUGAAAGAGAUAAAUGUACUGGAGAUGCAGUUCCAGAUUGAGCGCUCCUGCAGGGAGAGUGCUGAGGCGCUGGCUGUCAAAGUGAGCAAAGAGAACAAAGUGCUGAAGCGGACGAGCCAGAUGGUGAUGCCGCUCAUCCCCGAGCUGCCUGAAAACUUGGCUGCCGUGACCUUUGAGCUAGAGGCGGACUCUGCGGUUAACUGUGAUGAGGUGGACGACUGCGGCGAAGAGACGCUGCUGAUGGAGAAUCAAGCUCUGAUCGCAGAGCUGCAGGCGUCAGUGGACGGUCUGCUGGCUGAGAAGCUGCAGCUGGAGCAACAAGUGGAGGAUCUGACCAGAGAGCAGGUCCAACUUAGAGAGCAGGUACAUCAGUGUGUGUGCGCGUGUGUGUGUGUGUGUGUGUGUGUGUGUACCUGGAGUCUUAUCACAGACUUUUUCUCUCAGCUUGCUCUGGAGGUCGAGGAGAAAGAGGCCCUCCUGUGGAAAAUGAGCAAACAGAACAAGUCCAUGAAUAAAAUCAAACGCGUCUCCCAGCUUGUCACAGAGGAGUUCACAGAAAUGUCUCAGAAGCUGGAGCUGGAGCUGGGCCUCCGGCAGCACGCUGAAGUCUUCGCCCACCAGAUGUUUGCAGCCCGCGGCGAGAGCGAGACGCUGCCGCAGAGCUCGGAGACCGGCCUGCAGCUGCGGCUGCAGCAGGCGCUGGAGCAGAUCUCCAACAUCAGCCUGGCCCUGUGUGAUAUACAGCGCUGCUACCAGGACCAGGUGUGUGUGGACGGUAUAGAUAAAAGCCAGAGCGAAAGGGUCUAUUUAUGUUCUUCAUCAUGCACCCUGUUUCUUUCAUCCCAUGUCUUUCAGGUAAGACGGAGUCAGAGCGCCGUGGACCAGAGCGCCGUCCUCUCUGAGCUGCAGAACCUGAGGGAACAGCUGGAGGGGAGCGAGGAGGAGAAGAAGGCCUUGGAGACGCAGCUGUGUGGAGCUAACGGCUGCGUCGUGCAGCUCCAGGAGGAAGUGAAACAGCUACAAGAAACGCUGACCAGGCCGGAAGAACCAGAGGAGAAAGCCGCUCCUGCUCCACCUCCUCCACCUCCCCCUCUUCCUCCACCACACACUGCUGUCACCAAUUCACUUGAUUUCCUGAGAAUCAGGAGAAAAGAAAGAGCCACUAAAGCUGAUCAAAACAAAGCAGCACCGUUGUUGGACAUGCAGACGAAAGCGGUGGAUGAAAUGAUGGAGAGAAUAAAGAGAGGCAUCAUCCUGAGGCCCAUGAAGAGAACACAGGAGGAUGACAGCUCAAGGAAGGAUCAGAGGAGUGAAAACAGAAAAUCCGCUGUCGUGGAGUUGAAAGGAAUGCUGGACAACAUGAAACGCCAGCAGCUCCGCAGAGCGCCGUCCACACGAGGCCGAAAUGUUGGGGAAGCGGAGCUCCUGCAGGUGCUCCAGAGGAGGAGGAGAGCGAUGGGGCAGAACCAGGACCAAACACGGGACCCCCAGCCGGGUCCACAGUGUGUCCCAGCAGCAGGAGACGCUCCCUGGGCGGGCGAGAGCGGCAGUGCCCCUGUGCUCCGGAGGCUGAAACAGAACAGAGAGAAGAGAGACUCUCGCAUCAGAGCGUCAGCACUGAUCAUCAGCCAGGAAAACUGAAAGCUUUCUGAGAACUCAUUCCUUCUUUUUUAUUUGUAAGUGAUUAACUGAAGGCCUUUUUUAUUUUAACCUCAGAGGAACCAAUUAUAUCCUUCCAGAUGUUUUGAAUUAAUACAUGAAUGCAUUGCUUUUGUUACCAUUCACAAUGAAAUGUCAGUUGAUCUUGGCCUCUAUUGAGAAGUUCAAAUAAAGCCUUGAGUUGUGAUGAAAAUAAUGUCAGAAAUCAGUUCUCAAUGCUUGUUUUAUUCUCCUGGGAGUACCAGAGAUGGAGGUGAACAUUGCAAAGAAAAAUAAAAUCACACAUUCAGGGUUUCAGAAAAACCAUGAA